CGGCGGCCGCUGCCUGUCUCCUCCCCGGCCCCAGACUCAAUUGAUCGCCAAUGUCGGUCCGCGUCGUUGCCCGGCUGCGUCCUCUCCUAUCCAAGGAGCUGGAUAAGGACAUCAUCGUUCGAACCGACAGCGUCGACCCCGAGAAGCCGCCGACAAUCGUCAAGAUCCCGAACCCGCGCAACGAGAGCGAAGAGUUUUCGUUUACUUUCAAUGGCGUCUACGGCCAGGAGACCUCGCAGGAGACUCUGUUUACUUCAGAAGUGGCACCGCAUCUAAAAUCACUGUUUCAGGGUCUUGAUGUCACCAUCUUCGCGUAUGGAGUUACAGGAACGGGGAAGACGCAUACGAUGCGAGGGGGGAUGAAGCUGGCCGAGCGAGGCGUGAUUCCCCGUUUGCUCAGUGGCGUGUUCCGCAGAGGAAAGAAGAUCAUGAAGGAAUCAGAAGGAAACACAGUGGUGGAGGUGGCUCUAUCAUACUACGAAAUCUAUAACGACAAGGUCUACGACCUGCUGGAACCCCCCGAGAAACGGACACCCACUGGACUGCCCCUCCGCGCAGAGGCCAAUGGCAAGACUGUCGUGGUGGGCUUGACAGAACGAGCCUGUGAAGAUCUUAAAGACUUUGAAAAGUUGUACAUUGAAGCCAACAACCACCGCGUAACGGCGGCCACCAAGCUGAACGCUCUCAGCAGUCGAAGUCACGCUAUUUUACGGGUCAAGCUGACGCAAACAACCGGUAACAUGGUCCGCGAAAGCACAGCAUCCGCCAUUGACCUGGCUGGUUCGGAGGAUAAUCGCCGGACCGAUAACGACAAGGAGCGGAUGGUGGAAUCAGCGGCCAUCAACAAGAGCUUGUUCGUUCUCAGCCAGUGCAUCGACGCCAUUUCACAAGGAGCCAAGAGGAUACCUUAUCGCGAGUCUAAAAUGACCAGAAUUCUGUCAUUGGGUCAGAAUAACGGCAUCACAGUCAUGAUCCUAAACUUGUCGCCGCUGCGAAAUUAUCACUUGGAUACUCUUAGCAGUUUAAACGUGAGCUCUCGAGCCAAGCGCAUUGAGGUCCGCGAGAUUGAGAAUGAGGUCGUUUUCAAGCAAGUUCCUAGGACGAACUCUGCUGCAGCUAACCAGCGACAGCCGUUGAAAAAUUUAGCCAAUGCAAUCAAUACUCACAAUGUUAGCAGCGGAAAAGCUGCAGAAAAGACAACAGAAGUAGCCAAGCCCGUCAAGGCAUUUAGCGUAUAUACAGACAAGGCAAAGCCUUCAGGAAUUGCGCGCCCUAGAACUAGCUCCGGCCCUAGAACCAGCUCUGGCCCGACUCUCUCUUCUUCCCAGCCCCGUCGUUCAUCGCUGAAGCGACCCUCUGACCAGGACUCAACCUCUCGACCUAGCAAGCUUGCUCGGCCAAUUGUUCAUCAAACCCCUCAGCGGCAAGUAACUCAGCCCUCGCGACCCUCGCUGCCCUCGCAACCUUCAGAAUCUUCACAGCCCUCACAACAAACGGUCACCGUGACGGCGGCUGAGAUCGAGGCUAUGGUUGAGAGGAAAGUGAGCGAGAUACUAGCGGCAAGGGAAGCAGCUGAGGAAUCUAUCCGACGGACGCAAAUUUCACCAGAGGCUGGUGAUGCAGUCCAAAGACGGCUGGAAGCCUUGGAGCGGCGGAUUGAAAAUGAAGAAUGGAGAGAAGAUGCCAAAUCUGAGGGACUGCGGCUUCUACUUGCAGCAAGGCAUCACAGAGAGCGGGGAGAUGAUGCUGCUGCUCUCAAGGCCUACGAGAUGGCUCUACCAUACUUUCCAAAUCAGCCAAAGCUUAUAGGAAAGAUUGAGCGUCUGCGAGCUCGUAUAGAAGCUUCAGGGGGGGCAUCCUCUCCUGAAAAGAGGGAAAGGAGAAGGGACCGCAAGCCGAGACGCAAGCCUGUGAGCUCGGAAGACGAUGAUGAUGCCGAAGCAGACGGGGAAGAAGAAGAUGAAUGCCCAAUUUCCACGCCAAAGAUCAAGGCAAGCAAGCUCAAGGCCAGAAGAGCACCAAAAACUCUUCUUACUGAAGAAGAUGAGGAUAAUACACCCAAUACUCAACGACUACUAGACGUGGUUAACUCACGAGACGCAACUCAGAUUCAGGGCCUGGUAGGGUUCGGCGCGAAGAAGGCUCAGGAUCUGGUAGGCUAUCUAGAGCUGGCGACCGCUGAGGGUGGCGGCGAGAUUGAGACGCUGUCUCAGCUGCGAACGAUUCCUGGUCUGGGUGGCCGAACCGUAGACCGUGCAUAUGAGGGACUGGUAUCAAAGGCAUAAAAUCAUAUAAAGUCAUGGGCGGCGUUUUGAUAUAGAAUUGGCGUGCAUGUGUUACUAGCGUUUCGCUUGGAAACCAGAAAUGGCGAUUGCCAUAUCCGCAAAACGCAUUAAAUGGGCGUUGGGGAUUGUGGUCAAAGCUAUAUGAGGAUUAACAGCACAUUUUAUAUAGCUGCUGUUUUAUUAAUUGGCUCAAAGCCGCAUUUGACAGUGAACAUCAUCAAAUCGAUUCUCUGCCUCCCUUGCAUGGCAUGACAUGACAUGCAUGCAGCCUGACCUGAAUCUUGUCUUGCUUUCUUUUGUGUUUCCUGUCCGUCUCAACCCUUUUUCUUUUGUUUCUUUAAGAUUGUGACGUUCUUUUUGUCGGUAUUCUAGCGCUGGUUCUUGUUAUGUGAGACACAUUUUAGAUUUUAGACUAGGUUUCUAUUAUAUACCGUGAAGCCGAGCUUCAAAUGGGCAAGCAAUUUUUGC